CAACCCGAAUGAUUUCAAUCGUUUGCAGGUGGCAAAGACGGGGAGACGGCCGCUGAACUCUUUAAUAAGAUGCUUCAGAAUGAGGAAGAAUACAACGAGGCAGGGGCAGAAUUGGACUCCCAGCUGGAGGAAGUAGACUCGCAGCAUGGCGACGGUAGUGGCAGCUUCAUGGAGCCAAGAAGCCAGGCGACGCCAUCUCCAUCCGAUAGCCAGGCACUGCUGUCUGCAACUAAAGCAGCCUCUCAGGUGGACAGCUCGCACGUGUCAACAUCACAAGCGGCUGUGCGGACUGAGCCAGUACGAGGAAAGAAAAGGCAGGAGCAGGCUGCAGAUUUUGAGUUUUUAGAAAAGCGUAUGCAUCAUGACCUGCUCAUGAAAGAAAAGGAGUGCGCCAUGGAGGCCAGGCGUUUGGCUCUUGAAGAGAGGAGGCUGGCGUGGGAAGAAGAACGGACUCGGGCUGAGCUGCAGCUGAAGGAAAAAGAGAUGGAAAUGAAGGCGCAAGAACGAACAGAAGAAAGGAGAAUGCUCGCUGAGCAAAGAGCGCGGGAGCAGAAGGAGAGGACAGAGGAGCACAACAAGGUUCUUGCUCAGCAACAAUGCCUGCUGAGUAUUCUGGAAAGAGUUCUAGAAAAAAUAAACAAGUAA